CCAAAAGGUCAAGCCUUUGCCUUCUUUUUUCCCACUUCUCCUCUCUACAAACAAAUUUGUUAUUUUCUUCUCUUUUUCUGCUUCUUUUUCUCAUUGUCUUUUACCUACAAUGAAUAAUUUAUACCCAUAUAUAAACACUCAUGAUCUUAUCUUUUUUAGAGGAAGACGCAAGUCUCUCCAAUUUAUUUGUUUUUCUCUUUUUUUCCUCUAAUUUUCCAUUUCCCAUCUCUAAAAUUCUAAAACAUUUGAGAUUCUAGCCACAAGUUCUUGAUUCUUCCUCUUGUUUGUUGUUUUGGGUUCUUCUCAAUUCAAUUCCUCUUUCUGUCUCUCCUUUUUUUUGGGGGGGACGAGGGGGUCCUAGCUCUGCAUAUUCUUGUUCUGAAACUUGUUCAUAACAAGCUCGUAUUCAUGUCCCCAGCUGCAAUUGAGCGGUCAAUGCUUGAAUCGGCACGUCCUAAAUCCAGUGACGAGAGUCGGCGUCGUUUUCCGAAUCUCAGAGGCGUUAAAUGGCGUACUGAUCUUGGGAUUCUGCCUUCUUUAUCUUCGUCUACCAUUGAUGAUCUCCGUAGAGUCACUGCCGAUUCUCGAAGGAGGUAUGCUUCUUUAAGAAGGCGCCUCCUGAUUGAUCCACAGUUACCAAAAGAUGGAAGCAAUUCUCCUGACCUUGCUAUAGACAAUCCAUUAUCCCAAAACCCAGAUAGCACCUGGGGACGCUUCUUUCGGAAUGCAGAACUAGAAAAAACAGUUGACCAGGAUUUAACGCGUUUAUAUCCUGAACAUGGGAACUAUUUCCAAUCUACUGGAUGUCAGGGAAUGUUAAGAAGAAUUUUGUUAUUAUGGUGCCUUAGACAUCCUGAGUAUGGUUAUAGACAAGGAAUGCACGAACUUUUGGCUCCAUUGCUAUAUGUUCUUCAUGUUGAUGUGGGGCGACUCACUGAAGUGCGGAAGCAGUAUGAAGACCACUUCACUGACAAAUUUGAUGGCUUAUCAUUUCAAGAGAAUGAUUUUAUGUACAACUUUGAUUUCAGAAAGUACUUGGAUUCCAUGGAAGAUGAUAUUGGAUCUCAUGGUAAUGCCACCAAAUUUAGUAGUGUUGAUGAGCUUGAUCCUGAGAUACAAACCAUUGUAUUGCUAAGUGAUGCUUAUGGGGCUGAAGGUGAAUUAGGAAUUGUUCUGUCCGAGAAAUUUAUGGAACAUGAUGCUUACUGUAUGUUUGAUGCUUUGAUGAAUGGGGCUCAUGGUGCAGUUGCCCUGGCAGACUUUUUCUCUCCAUCCCCCAUAGUUGGGUCUCAUUCUGGGUUACCUCCUGUUAUUGAAGCUUCUACUGCAUUGUACCAUUUGCUAUUCGUUGUAGAUUCAUCUUUACACAGCCAUCUGGUUGAGAUUGGUGUUGAACCACAGUACUUUGCCCUGCGCUGGUUGCGGGUUUUAUUUGGACGAGAAUUUUCACUUGAAAACCUCUUGUUAAUAUGGGAUGAAAUAUUUGCAGCAGAUAAAAAUAAAGUAGAGAAAGGUGCAGAAGAUGAUACAGGUUCCACUUUUGUUAUUUUUAGUUCGCCUCAGGGAGCAUUGAUCUCGGGUUUUGCAGUUUCCAUGAUACUCUAUUUGAGAUCUUCACUGCUUUCCACUGAAAAUGCUACUACCUGUCUCCAGAGGCUAUUGAAUUUUCCUGAGAAUAUAGAUCUGAGAAAACUUAUAGAUAAGGCAAAGUCUUUACAGGCUCUUGCAUUGGGGCCUAGCAUCUCAUCCGUCAUUCCACCUUGUGGUGGGGCUUAUAACCACAGUAAGUCAAUGUUGAUGAGAAGUCAUACACUUGCAUCUGAUCCUAUUUCUCCCAAAACUCCUCUAAACAUAGUGCCUGACAGCUAUUGGGAAGAGAAGUGGAGGGUUUUGCACAAAGCAGAAGAACUCAGGAAAGGUAGCUCAGGAAAAAAAAAUCCAAUCCCAAAAAAAGGAUGGACGGAAAAAGUAAAAAUAAGUCUAUCUAGAACAGCAUCUGACCCAUCUCCAGCAAAAGUUGGAUGCGGAAAGGACCACAAACCAUCUGUUAGGCGCCGUUUACUUGAGGAUUUAACUCGUGAACUUGGCCUGGAUGAAGAUACUGAGAAAGCAGACUGCAAUGAAGUUUCAGGGCAGGAGGACCAUAUCUGCAAAGGAGUUGAGGUGGAGAAUCAAGAUAGUGUAAAUAAGGACUUCACUUGUGCAGCUGAGGAGAGAUGUCUGAGUGGAAAUGCCUGCAGUGAAGAAAACUCGUCUGUAUUUUCAGACCCACCUAGUCCUCUCAGUGGGGCUAACAAUCAUGAAAAUGACUCAGAGAAAAGUAGUGUUGCCUCAAAUUUGUCCAUUGAUGAAAGAGACGAUCAUUCUGAGGCUAUCCAAGAAGAUGCAACGCUUUCUGUUUCCCAUCUCCCUAAUAACGCCACUCUAAAUGCUGGGGGCAACAAUGAGGCAACUGGAAAAUCUCUGACAUUUCCAAGGGAGCGGAAGCUUCUAUCAGGUAAAUUCCAAUGGCUUUGGAAGUUUGGACGGAGUAAUGUUGGCGAGGAGACAGCUGAAAAAGGAAGUCCGGAUCUUGAUGCUACAAAACCUGCUAAUGAUGCUGGUAGUCAGAGCAGUGCGGUAUGCUCUUCUAUUGAUGGAUCGUGCUUUUCUUAUACUAGCGCACAAGGAGAUCUUGUGGACCAGAAUAUGAUGGGUACUACUUUGAGGAACCUUGGAAACUCUAUGCUAGAACAUAUUCAGGUAAUAGAGUCUGUUUUCCAGCAAGAUAAGGGUCAGGUGGGUUCACUGGAAAAUUUCUCAAAAAAUGUACUAGUUGGCAAAGGACAAGUUACAGCUAUGACAGCUCUCAAGGAGCUUCGGAAAAUCAGCAAUCUUCUAUCUGAAAUGUGAGUUGAGAUUUAAUUACAUAUAACCUGUAUAUAAUUUUUGUAAUUAGUAUUCUUUUAGUUCAAAAUAAAGUGAGCUUCUUUGUUAUAUACUUUUUUCUGAAAAAUCUAAAAAUUUUCAAGAGACUGUCACAUGUAAAUAUGAGCUUUCUUUAUGAUCUUAUAAUUUAAUGCCCUAUUUGGGUGGUUCAUGAGUU